AUGGAGUCAUAUAUAAGAGAAAGUAAGAAACUUACCUUUAAAAGUAAUAAAGGGAAGAAACAAUUACGAUAUUUAGAUAUUUCUUUAAAUAAUAAAUCUUUAUAUGAUAGUCAUAUUUUAGAACUAGUAAAAAUACUAAAAAAAAUAAUAAAAAUAGUGUAUAAUACUUAUUACUGCUUAAAUAUUGAUCUUAGUGAAAAUCAUAUAACAUGUUUAGGAUUAAAAACAUUAUUAAAAUAUGUAUUAAAUUACAAUGAAAAUAUAGGUAUAAACAUUUUAAAAAUAUACAAAAACAGCAUAAAAGAUGAUGGUGUAUCAUUAAUUAAACAGUUAGUUUAUAUUCAAAAAAUUCCAAUGGAAGAAUUGCAUUUAUCUCAUAAUUUUAUACAAGACAAUACAUGCAAAGAGUUAUUAUUAAGUUUUGUUCAAGCGAAAAGAGAUAGUAAUUAUGUCUAUCCUAGAUAUGAUAAAUAUCAGAAUCCAUAUAAACAUAUUCAAAUACCGGUAUGGAUAAGAUUAGAAUAUAAUUGUAUUCAAAAUCCUAAAGAAUUAUUAAAAGAAGUUGAGGAAUUUGCAAAAAAAAAAAGAGGAUACAAAAGUAACUUAAUUAUAUGUUCUGCUUUAAAAAGUGAUAAAAGAUGUUGCCCAUAUAAAUGUUUGAAUGCUACGAUUAGAAAUACUCCAAUUAUGCACGUUUAUAUGUUUAUACAUCAAAAAGAAAAUUUAACAAAUGGAAAAAUAAAAGAGGAAAAAAAAGAAUUUUCCCCUGCUGAUGCUAAUGAGAAGAUAGAAAAUAAUUUAGAAAAAAAAAAUGUAGAAGAAAAAAUGAAAAAUGAUAAUAAAAUAACAAAUAAAAAUUACAUAGAAGAAGAAGCCAAUGAAGAAGAGGAGGAAGAAGCUGAUGAAGAUGAUGAUAAUAAUAAUGAUGAAGAAGAUGACGAAGAAGAAGAUGAUGAUGAAGAAGAAGAUGAUGAUGAAGAAGAAGAUGAUGAAGUGGAAGAAGAUGAUGAAGAAGAAGAUGAUGAAGUGGAAGAAGAUGAUGAUUAUAAUUUUAAGGAGAUGAAAGUUUUUGAAGAUACUGGAAAAGGUAUAAAAAAUAAUGAGAAUAAUUUAAUUAAUUCGGAUGAUUCUUUUGUUAAUAAAAUAGUUAAUAAUAAUGAAGAAAGUAAUAAUAAAAAUAAAAAAAAGAAAAAAAAAAAAAAAAAUAAUAAUAAUAAUAAUAAUAAGAAUAAUAUUAACAAUAAGGAGGAUGCAAAUAAUAGUUUAAAUACCAAUGCAAAUAUAGAAUCUGAUAUUUAUAAUAAAGAUAAGAUGAAUUUAAUUAAUAAUGUAAAUAGUUUGCCUCUAUAUAUUAUAUUAGAUUGUAGUGCAGUUCUAGAUAUGAAAGAAUUAUGGAAGGAUAAAGCAUUUUUGCCAUUUAGUUUUCCAGGAUUACUUUAUUUAUAUAAUAAUAAAUUAUUAAAAAAUAAUAAUGAUAAAAAUAAAGAUAAAAAUUAUACUUUUAAUGAUUCUUUUAUAUGCUUAAUGUGUAGCUACGUAGCUAAUGAAUUAAAAAUAGUAUGUCAAAAAAGUGAGAUAAUUAGGCAAAAGAUGGUAAAUUUAAAAUUAAAUAUAUGGGAUAAACUAUCUGAAUUAGGUAUUAUUGAAUUUUUAAGUGUUCCAAAAAAUUUUAAGGAAAAAAAAAAAAAUUUUUUAAAAUCCUCUUUCUUAACUGAUGAACAAAUUAAAUUAGCAAAUGAAUAUUAUGAUAUAUCUCACGAGACAUUACAAAUGAUUCAAUUUUCUAUUUUGUGGUCUACAUAUAUUUUUAAAAUUAGUAACAAAGAAAUAAUUAUUGAAAACAAUAAAAAAGAAAUUAAUAAAACAGACGUUAAAAAAAGUAAAAAAACAAUUUUUACAGAAGUUUUAUAUUUAACUUCUUCUUCAAAUAUUUAUUCUUUUUUUGAAUAUUUAUAUGAACAAGAUAUUAAUUUUAUUCUUCCAUUAUGUGUUACUGUUAAUCAAAUAAAUAAAUAUAUACAAGAUGAACAUAGUUAUAUCAUUGAUUUAUUAAUUAAUAAUAAGACAGAUAAAAAUAUUAAAUUUGAUUUUAAUAAAUUAUUUUUUCAACAAUUUAUUAAAGAAAAAUAUUCUAAAUAUUUACAAAAUACAAAAGACGAAUUAAAUUGUGAUAUGGAUGAAAAAAAAAAUAAUAAUACUGAUAUAGAUAAAAAAAAAGUAAACAUGAAAAAUGAACAGAAUAUGAACAGAACUAUGGAAAAAAAUAAAAAUACAAUAUUUUUGUCAGAUAAACAAAUAGAUAAUGAUGGUAAAAAUAAAAACUUUAAUAAUAUUAAUCAAAUAAAAGAAAAAAAAAAUGUAACAGUUAACAAUGUAAAAAAGAAGACUGAUUUUAAUAGUAGUAGUGAUAAUGAAAAAAACAAUAAAAUAAAUGAAAUAAAACAUGUUAAUAAUGAUAAUAAUUUAGUAAAUGAUAAAAAUAAUAUAAACAAUGAUUUAAAUAAUCAAAAAGUAAAUGAUAUUUUUAAUGGUAACUGUAAUGAUGAAAGUUUUCUUGAUUCAAAAAUAAAAAAAAAAAAUAAUAUCAAUAAUAAUAAUAAUAAUAAUAGAUUAAAUGAAAAUAUAAAUAAUUAUGAAAGCAACAAAAAUAAAAUAGAAGAUAAUAAAAAGAAAAAUAUGUCUAACAAUAAUGAUAAUAAUAAUAAUAAUAAUGAUAUUGAUAACAAUACAUAUAGAAAUAGAAUAUAUUCUGUAAAUAUGAAUGAUACAAUAAAUAAAAAUUCUAAAAUGAAUAAUAUAUAUAAAAGAAAUAAUUAUAUAAAUAAUGAAAAUACAGGAAAAAAUAAUAUAAUAAAUAAUUAUGUUCCAUUGUUAAAUAAAGAUAUAGACAAUGGGAAUAUAGUUAAUGGAAUGAAAGCAGUUAAUAAUGUUAAUAAAAAUAUUGAUAUAAAUAAUUUAUUAUAUGAAAAUAAUAUUGAUAAUAAUUUGAAUAUACAAAAUAAUAAUUCAUAUGAUAUAUACGAUAUAAAAUCAGUAAAAUCAUUAUCAAAUGAGAAUAUUAAUAAAAUUUGUAAUGUAGAUAAUAAUAAUAAUAAUACUAUAAAUAUAAAUUUAAAUAAAGAUGAAUAUUUCAAUGAAAAUAACAUUUAUCUGAAAAAAAAUAAUGAAAUAAACAAAAAUCAAUAUAAUGCAAUUAAUGAUUAUAAAAAAUUAAAUUUAAAAGUAUUAGAUAUGAAUGAUCUUGACGUAUUAGAAAAAAGAACAGAUUUUAAUUUUUUGAAAAGUAUAGAAAUGAAUAAAAAUAAUAACAAUGGUAACUAUAUUAUGAAUGAUCAUUUAAAAAAUUUAGAAAAUAUAAUGUAUUCAAAUAUUGAGAAUAAAGUUAUGAAUGUCAAUAAUAUUAAAGAUAAUUUAAAUAAAACUGUUGAUAUAGAAAGUAAUAAUUCCACAUCUAACAAAGAAAAUAAUGUAAACAUUUACGAAUUAUUAAUAAAUGCUUUUAAUGAAAAAAAAAAAAAUCCUCGUGGUUAUAAUGAAAAUAAUAAUUUACGUAUGGAUGAUAAUAAAAUAGAUAGUAAUAUAAGAUCAAAUAAAAAUAUGUCAGUAUAUUCACAUAUGAAAAUAAAGAAUAAUCUUAAUGAAUUGAGUAAAAAUGUUGGUGGUUUUGAUAAAAUGAAUUAUACAAAUCCCAAUCUUUCGAAAAAUACUAAUAUUAAUAAUGAUAAAAAUAUGAAUAUAAACAAUAAUAAUAAUAAUAAUGUUACUUCAACGUUAGAACAUAAUUCUUUAUUUUCUAUUAAUAAUAGUUCAUAUAUGAAUAAUUCUAAUUUUAAUCAGAUAAAUAGAAAUAAUAAGCAAAUAAAUAAAAAUGAUGCAUUUUUACCAACAAAAAUAAAUAGUGAAAAUAAUAACAAUUCUGUUGAUAAUAUACAUAUAAAUAAUAUUAAUAAUAAUGGAAUAAUUGAAAAUAAAAAAAAAGUGGAGUCUAGUAAUAUGAACGAAUUAAAUGAUACAAAAGAUAUAAUUUUUAAUAAAAAUAAUGUGAAUAUUUUAAAUAAUAAUGAUUGCAAAAACAAUUUAAAUAAUAGUAUUGAUAUUGCAGGUAUUAAAAGUAAUAACAACCAAAUUUCUAAAAAUCCAAAUACUAGUAAUAAUAACAUGAAUAAUUUAAUUAAUAAAAACUCAUUAAAAAAUUUAAGAAUACAAAAACUAAACUUAGAUGUAAAUAAUAGAGAAUUAGAAUUAAAUAAUUUUAUGGGAUCUAUAACAAAAAAUUUAAAUGAUAAUAAUUCAUCAUUUUGUAUAGAAAAUAAUAAUAGAAAUAUAACGAAUGAAAAUGCUAUUUCUAUCUUUAAUCAGAAUAUGAUGAAAAAUGAAUUAGAUAAUAAAAACAAUAGAGAAUUCAAAUUAAUUGAAUUAAAAAAUAUUUUUGAUAAAUAUAAAGUAGAUAUACUAAAUACUUCUUUAUUAUUAGAAGAAUUGAUAUUAAAUCAAAGUAUAUGUAAAUAUAUACCUUCGGAUAUAUAUAACAAAAUAUUAAAAUGUUAUGAAAAGUUAGAUAAUAUGCUAACAAAUUUGAAUUGUUUUAAAGAUGAUUUCAAUUUAACUAACUCAAAAAAUAUUAAUACUACUAAAGUGGAUCAAAACAUUUUGUAUGAAGAAUUUAAAAAUUAUUGGGAUAUGACGUUUUCAAAAAAUAAUUCUUCCUUAUCCGAAGAGUUAAAAAAUAUUUCUAAUAUUAUUCAUAAUAAUCAAAAAAUGAAUGUAAUAACUCCUCAUCAAGAUUUUAUUGUAAGUAAUAAUAAUAAUAGUAAUAAUAAUAAUAAUAAUAUUAGUAGUAGCAAUAAUAAUAAUAAUAAUAAUAAUAAUAAUAAUAAUAAUAAUGCAACUACAACUAAUACUAAUAAUACUACAACUACUAAUACUAAUAAUACUACUACUAAUAAUAGUAAUAAUAAUAAUAAUAGUAAUAAUACUACAACUACUAAUACUAAUAAUACUACUACUAAUAAUAGUAAUAAUAAUAAUAAUAGUAAUAAUACUACAACUACUAAUACUAAUAAUACUAAUACUACUACUACUACUACUACUAAUAAUAAUAAUAAUAGUAAUAAUACUACUAAUAGUAUUACUAGUAAUAGUACUAUUACUACUACUAAUAAUAGCAAUAAUAAUAAUAAUAAAUUAAAUUCAAUUAACGCAAAUCCUUUAUAUUGUAAUUCAGUAAACACAAAUAAAAUAAACAAUUCAUUGAAUAAUAAUAAUCAAUUAAGUAACCCUAUGAAGAUGAAUAAAAUUCAUAACAUAAUUAAAACAAAUAAAAUAAAGAACAAUUCAGUGAAUGCAACUAAUAUAAGUAAUACUGUUAAUUCAAAUAAAAUUAAUAAUUCUACAGAUAUUACUAACCCAAUGAAUAAUUCAGCUAAUAUUAAUCAAUUAAAUAGUUCAUUAAAUAACAAUUUAGAUUCGAAUUUUAAUAAUAUGAAGAAUAAUAUAUCACAAAAUAAAUAUAUAAAUGGGAACAUAACAAAUUAUAUAAAUAACGGAAGUGAUAACAUUUUGCAUUCUAAUCCAUCCAUAAAUGGGAAAAUUUCAAAUAUGAAUAAUUCUGCAAAUUUAAAUAAAUUAACAAAAGAAUUAAAUAAUUUAAAAUCCAUCAAUAAUGAAAGAGAAGUGAACAAAGAUGCAAACAAUAUAACAAAUAUGAAUAAAUUAUUAAUGAUAAAUAAUAAUAUAUCCAAUGUAAAAGUUAAUGAAAAAAAUUUAUUAGAAUAUAAUCCUUUAAUAAAUACAGAAAAUUUCUUAAAAAAAAAUAAUUCUUAUAAUGAUAAUGCUUCCAAUUUAUUAUCAUUGAUUAACAUGAAUAAAAAUAAGAAUGUUUUAAAUAAUCAAAAAAUAAAUAAUGACAAAUAUAAAAAUAGCAAUAAUAUAAACGAAUUGAAUGUUUCAACUAAUAAUAAUUUUAAAAAAUUAUUAAAUGAUGAAAAUUUAUAUGCUUAUAAUAAAAAUGCAUUAAAUGACAUUAAUUUAAAGUAUGCAGAAGCAUUAAGUAAUCAAUUAAAUUUUAUAUCUGAUGACAAUAAAAAAAAUGAAUGUGAUAAAAAUGAUAUAAACAUUUUUAGUUUUCAAAAAGAAUUAGAAAAGAAAUUUAAUAAUUCAUUGAUAGAUUUGUGUGAAAAAGCGAAUAUUAAGAAAUUAUGA